AUGAAGCUUUUGUACCCCACCUCUCUCAAACUUGACAUCCAGAGCCUCAAAGGCUUCGCGGUCACCCUUCAUCCUUACGAUGUCAAGAUACCCAUACCUGAGGAUCUAAUUGAUGCUGAAAUCAUGGUGACUUGGUCCAAUAACUCGGAGAAUCUCACCGACGCUGCGAAACGUAUGAAAAAUCUACGAUGGAUUCAAUCACUCGCUGCCGGCCCGAAUGACGUCCUCGCAGGCGGUUUCGACACUUCUAAAAUAAUUAUCACUACUGGAUCUGGUCUCCAUGAUGGGACUGUUGCCGAGCAUACUCUAGGCUUGCUUCUUAGUGGCGCCCGAAGAUUCUACGAAAUGCGAGACUAUCAACUCCAGGGGAAAUGGCCAGGGCACCUUGGCGGGUCCUACCCACGAAGUGACUUCACCACUUUACGCGAUGCUCGCAUUCUUAUCUGGGGAUUUGGCAACAUCGCGAAGAAAUUGACUCCGUAUUUAACGGCUCUGGGUUCUCACGUACGCGGUGUAGCACGACACGCUGGUGUACGCUCUGGUGUCGAGGUUUUGACAGAAGAUAAACUUCCAGAACUCCUUCCAGAAACGGACGCACUCGUCAUGAUAUUACCGGGCGCCGAAUCAACGCGAGACGCGCUUAAUGCAGAGAGACUCAAACUGCUGCCCAAGCAUGCGUGGGUUGUCAAUGUUGGACGUGGAAUAUCCAUUGACGAGGACGCGCUAGUCGAUGCCUUGGAAAAUGGCGAAAUUGGUGGCGCUGCUCUAGAUGUCUUUAAGACCGAACCGCUCCCAGAGUCUAGUCGCUUGUGGAAAGCACCGAAUCUUAUCCUCUCCCCACAUGCAGCAGGAGGAAGACCGGAGGGUUGCACUGAUUUUAUAGCGGACAAUCUGCGGCGAUAUCUCGCCCAGCAGMCUCUCCGAAAUCGGAUUUCGGAAUAA